CCGCCAACCCCACCCCCCCCCCCAACAGCCCCACCGGCGACCGGCUCGCGCGCCACCACCAUCUUCGCCCGCGCCCACCUUGCUGCCGCGACGCCCGGUCCCUUACGCUCCCGCGCCCGCCUGGAGGACCCGCCGGCUGCCCUCGAUCUGACCCCAGGGGGCUGGAUGGACAAGGGGAAAUCGGUGGUCGCCGAGCUGGCGGCGUCGCUCAGCGAUGUCCGUGUCACGCCGCGCCAGAACCCCAAGCCCAAGAGCUUCGUACCCUCGGCCUCCUUCUAUUGUUUCUCAAAGAAGGCUAAACCUCGGAAAUUGGUGAGCUUGUGCCUUGGCACCCUUGGUCAGCAUCUUGAAGAUAUCAUCACUGAUAUUUCUGAAUUUGCUGCCUACUUUCCACCCCACAUUAAGUUGGCAGUUCUGUCUAUUGCGAGGAGAAGAAGACUACUGAAUGAUGAAGUUUUGACUUCUCUUGCUGAAUGCUCCUGGGAGAUCCUAGAUAUAUCUGGUUCUGAUGUAACUGAUGUUGGUUUGGCUACUGUGGCAAAUGUUUGUAGUAAUUUACGCGCUAUUGAUAUUAGUCGCUGCGAAAAAAUUACUACUGCUGGUGUUUCUGAAAUUGUAUGCCACUGCCCAUCCUUGGAGAUAUUGAGAUGUGGAGGCUGUCCGAGAAGUGAAUUCACUGCGAGGAGGUGCUUGAAUAUCUUGAAACCCAAAUUAAAUACUCUUGAAGAGGACUCAUGGGAGGAACUCGAUACACUAGAUAUAGGAGGCGGUGCGGAGUCUUUAAGAUGGCUUGUUUGGCCAAAGAUAGAUGAUAACUCAAAGGAAACUCUAGCUGCCGAAUGCCCUCGUGUUACGAUCAACCCACAGCCAUCGCCUUAUGACCUCUCUAGAUCCAAAGUCCCAGUUGAAGCAUUGGCAAGCGUACCACUUGACCAUUUCAUAGUUGAGGAUAUUGAUCCCAAAACAUGGGCGGUUUCUGCUGCCCCUCGAAGACCUGUUGCUCCGCCAAAUCCUAAUGCUCCACCUGAAAUACCGAUAGCAGAGAGGUUCCGACUCGCCUAUGUGGAGAGGGAAGCAAGGCUGGCGCCCAAGAGAGCCAAGCGAGAAAGGCAGCAGAGGCGUCGUGCUGAAAGGGACUACAUGAUGAAUGAUAUUGACGCCAGGUCGGUCGCGCUUGCUGCUCAAGCAAGCAGAAACCUGCGCAAGAGCUGAUACUGAACUUUGCUUUGCUUGUGUUUGGUGUUGUAUGUCUCAAUAGUUUUGUCAAACAAGGAAGAUGUGUAGAGAAAUGUUGUUCAAUGUUUCAAAUGCAAAGAUAGACAUAUAUGAACACAAUUUUGUAUCAGCCAGUACCAGUGGCGUUUACACUAUAUCAUGUACGAAGAUGUGAAUAUACUCAAAUGCAAGGAAAAUGUGCUUUGAUCAGGUA